GCCGAGAGUCCGUAGAUUGCUCAAUGUGCGAAAGAAAAGUCUAGCCAUCUCAUCUCAACCGACAUCAAAAGUUGUCUGGCCUUUUUUUAGAUUCCAUAUCAAUCGUUCUUGUCCUCAUACCCCGUUGGGCAAAGGAAAUGCUAUAUUUUGUUUAUUAGUUUAAUACCUCUCUUUUUGUACUUUGACGUCAACUGUAUAUUCGUUACCUUCUUGAUAGCAGAUUUCUCUACGACUUCUUGACAUCCGUUCGAACCCAACCUUGCAUAAAAUAAGAAACGGCAUCGCGAUGCCAGUUGAAGAGGCAAAUUCAACAUGGCACCCGGCGUUCAUGCCCAAUUCUGCUCAUGACAUCUCAACACAACCUUCGAGGAGCCCCUCCGCGACGGUAACUACCGAGACCCAUACCCACCAAGAUGCAUCACCGCCAGCACAUGAUGUCUCUGUGACAAAUCCGAACGAUGCUUCCUCGCAAGAACCCAUCCGAGCCGAACCCGAACCCCAACAGACCAAAGCUACUGCGGAACAAGAGGCAACUUUACCACCUGUAGACUCCGAAGUCAUCACCCAGCCAGCUCCGGCAGCGGCGAAAUCGACUCCCUCGAAACACCUUCCGUCAGACUCAUUUGCGCGUACUGUUGCGCACGAGGCUAACUGGGAUGGUGAUGACGAUGUGGAAUGGAGUCUACCGGAGACUGAUGCAGACCCCUUCAAGUUCCUGGGUCCCUCCGACCGCACCAACUCAUUCCCGGUCGUACCGCCAAUGCAACAGUCGAGUCAAAAAGAAGCACAGCGUCCGGAGCGUCUGCUUCCCAUCAGUCAAGCUGAAGAGCUCAUGGCCGAGCUCGAUCGUGAGGCCUCACCCGUCAAGUAUGCCGCCGAAAGCUCGGACGGACAGCUGGUGGAUGGGGAAGCUCAGCCAGAGAACUCUACGUCAGAUUGUUCCACAGAGAAGCUCUCCCGCCGAGACGUGGCGUCUCUCACCGAUGCUGAAGCACCUGAUGAACGCUACGAGGAGGGAGUCCCACUGAUCACAAGGGAGCAGGCUUCAGACUUUUCUACGAAACCCACGGAAGAUAGCCAUGACCCCUUUGCCAACGACACGACAGGUGAAGAUGACUUCUUUGCUCAGAUCGGUGACUCCAGGAAACCGGCCGCAGAGGACGAUGGCGGUUUCUUACUCGAGAGGCCAUUGGAGCGCAAGUCUACGAUGCAGGUUUUGGGAGCCGUGGAUGAAAUGGUUUCACCUAGCAGGGCUGACACUGGUCUUGAGAGCAUGAUGGAGGAGUCCCCGGAAGAUCGUGACUUCUGGAGCCAGCAGCAGCCGCUCGAUGAAGCUCAAGAGCAGCAAGAGGCCAAGGCCGCUUCGGAUGAAGCUGCGGCUGGACGAAGUGAGGCCGAACCUCAGGAGAACAGCGCAGAUCUGGCCGCUAAGUGGGCUGCUGCCUUCGACGACGAGGAUGACGAUGGGUUUAUUCUCGAUGAUCCCUCGAAGGAGGUUGACCCCGCGGCGUUCUUCGGGGAUGAUGACGAUGGCUUUCUCGACGAUGUGGAGGAAACACCAGAGCCAAAUACUGCCACGCAAGGUCCCGUGUCUACUCAACCGCCUGCACCGAAUGGGAGAUAUACUCCUGCGCAGGUCACACCAAUGACCUCGCGUCAAGCCUCAAACUCUAGCCAGUACUACCCCGGUCAAACACCAUUUGUAGCUCAGCCUGCUGGUCAGCCAUCAAGUGCAACUCCUUUCGCACCUGCCCCAGCGUUUGGUGCUCCUCCACUGCGCCCGGAAGUAAACAAGGCCGCUAGCUUUGCCGACAAAUCCAAGGGCGGCUACACCUCACCCUAUGACCUCCCGGCUGAUAUUGUCAAGCCUAGAAAGCGGCCAACUGCGCAACAAAAGUCACCGUUGGUGGGCGCAUCUCAGCCCCCGCCUGGCCCUCCUGGAGCCAGGGCCUCUUCUGCCCCUAUGUCACCACCUCCCCCAGGACGCACUAAUCAACCAGUUUCACCGGCAAAGCAGCCGCCGCAAAGGUCUCAGUCUGGGGGCGAGGGCUUCUUUGCAGAUCUUCCUGUUGCGCAACGUGCUAGGCCGGCAUCUCGAACCAGCCUGCACGGCAUGCCAUCGCCUCAGAUCAAUGCAGCCGGUCCUCCCCAAAUGCGAGCCCAGGCUUCUCCAGGGUUUGCUCCUGGUCAGGCGCAGCCUGUCCCCACUUCGACAGCACCUCAGGCGCCCUACAGCCAACCCCCGACUAUGGCUGUGCCGCCCCAGCCCGGAUACGCACCUGCUACUGCAACCUCUGGCAUGACGGGCGGCCUUGUAGCGCCCGAGCGUGUCAGCCCAUACGCUGCACUGCAGUCUGGUUCCGGGACGAUGCCCGUUGUGCCUUCCGCAGCUGCUGGCAGCAGGUACUCGCCUGCUCCACCCCCUGCACCGGCAUCAAACAGGUACUCUCCGGCGCCGACUGGUAACCGUCCAGCAAGCGCUACCUAUGCUUCGCCUCAUUCGGUAGCCGCUCCCCCAGUGCUGCCCCAUCAGCCUCGAACUUCGAGUCCGCUGGCCCACUUUGAGAUCUCGCAUGAUCGUGCCAGGUCAGCCGGCGCAGCUCAAGCAGACGGGGCUCAUCCCGACAGGCGUGUCGCCUCUGCCAUGCACGAGCCGAGACUGAGCCGCAUGCCCUCACUCCCUUCGACUCGUGAGGUUGAUGAAGAGACUAUUCCCCAGUCAGGCCCUCCCCCGUCGUCACACAGUCGCCCGUCCUCCCAAGGAGUGAUGGGACCACCGCAGGCGCCAUCUCAAAUGUCCCAACGGUCCAGGCAAACACCUCCUCCCCCAGUCACAAUUGCGCAGCAAAAUGCCACAUUGUCACCGCCAAAGAGGGUGUCGAGCUACACGCCGCAAUCUCAAGCACACUCAACGCUGUCGCCACACGGAUCCGAUUUUGUGCCCCCACCGCGAUCACACACGCAAUCGCCUGGCGCAUUGUACGGCAGGGGAGCGGUGAACUCGACAGACCCAGUACCUAGGCCGUCUUCUGUACAUGAUCCUACAUCACCUCGUUCUGCCACCUCUGCCACCCAUUCUUUUGUACCCAUGACGCCGGCACCGGCAUCUGCUCCCAUGACCAUGCCGACUAGACCUCGCAGGGCUUCACAGAACCUCAACCUGGUUCCUCCCACCGAUGGUCGCGAGCAUGACCCGUUGCAGAGGUGGAAGGGUGCGCCAAUUGUCCGAUGGGGCGUUGGCGGCGCUAUCGUGACAUCAUUCCCGAAGGAUGUUCCCAGGUAUGGCAUCAACCAGACCUUGCCCAUGAUACUUCGAAGCCCAGGUGAAGUCAAGAUCAAGAGCAUGAAGGAGAUCCAGCCCCUCGAGGAGCGUCUUGGCAAAUUUCCAGGCCCUCUUAGGGGCAAGUCCAAGAAGAAGGAGGUUGUAGCCUGGCUUACUACCGGUAUCGAGGAUCUGGAGAGGAACAACCCGGUCAAUUCGUUGUACGGUCAGACCACCCUAGAGGAUAAGCGAAGUGAAGAGCGGGUGCUCCUAUGGAAGAUCCUGCGCCUCUUCAUUGAACACGAUGGAACCCUGGAGGGCUCUCCUGCAGUUGACAAGGCUGUCCGUAACAUCCUCUCCCCUGGCCUGGACGACUCUUUAUCGGAACCAACGACAAACUUCGCGUUGGGGCAAGACUCAGCAGGUCUCCAGGGCUCAUUUGCCACGCAGAUGAAGUCCGAUGCUGUUGACUCCGCGGUCGUCGAGCAGAUCAGGAGAAGUUUGCUGGGAGGAGACCGCGAGAAGGCAGUCUGGGAUGCCGCCGAUAAGCGCUUGUGGGGACAUGCUCUGCUCAUCGCCAACACGGUUUCGCCAGACCUGUACAAGAAGGUAUCUCAGGAGUUUGUCCGCAAGGAAGUGAACUACCCUGGGCACAACAACGAGUCUCUGGCCGUCUUGUAUGAAGUCUUGUCUGGAAACCACGAGGAGUGUGUCGAUGAGCUGGUUCCUGUGCACGCUAGAGCAGGUCUCCAACUGAUGCCUACCGGCGGCGUCCACGGACAGUCCACCGAUGCCCUUGCUGGUCUUGACAAGUGGCGUGAGACGCUCGGGCUUGUCCUGAGCAACAGGAGCAACAAUGACUCUCGUGCAAUUAACUCACUGGGUAACCUUCUGGCAGGUUACGGCAGGGCGGAGGCUGCCCAUAUCUGCUACCUGUUUGCACGCAGUGCCACCGUCUUUGGCGGCCUGGAUGACCCUACCUCGCACUUUGUGCUUGUGGGUGCUGACCACAAGAGGCAGGCUGAUCAGUUCGCCAAAGAGACCGAGGCUUUACUUCUAAGUGAGGUCUACGAGUUCGGCCUCUACCUUGGAGCUGGCGCAAACAAGGAUGUCAACUGCCCGCAUUUGGCGGCGUACAAGCUGCAGCACGCCAUGACGCUCGCCGAGACUGGGCUCCCCGACAAGGCUCUGCAGUACUGCGAGACUCUGGCCCACGCCAUCACAUCCCAGACCAGGCGCUCGCCGUACCACCACGGCGUCCUAGAGGCUGCUGUGGAGAACCUCGCCAACCGCCUCAGGCAGGCUCCCAAGGAAGAGUCGAACUCGUGGAUUUCCAAGCCCAGCAUGGGCAAAGUGUCAGACUCUGUAUGGAACCGCUUCAACAAGUUUGUGGCCGGUGAUGACUCUGAGCCUGGCGAAAACGGCAUGCUAAACCCUCCUGGUGCUGCGGGUCCCUUCGCGCGUGUGGCUGGAGGCACGCCCACGAUCAGUCGUCCAGCAUCGCCACCGAACGCCACCGGCAUGGAGAUGUUUGGGCGGGGGUGCCCAGGGCCUUCACGCUUUUGCACCUCCCGCAGCGCAGGCCCCGCCAGCACCGGCCACCAGGGCAGGCUCACGGUAUGCCCCUGGAGCACCCGCCACGUCGAAUCCUUAUGAGCCGCAGCAAGGGCACGGUGCACGGGCUCCAUCUGCCGGACGAUCCUCGGGUGAGUACAGCCGGAAUUCUCCCGAGGCAUCCCGGAGGUCGUCGGAGUUCCAGAGGUCUGCCUACUCGCCAUACCAGCCCACAGGGCUUCACUCACCCGCUACGAGUCAAAAUGGCUUCACUCCCGCGUCUAAUAACGAGUCUCCGUAUGCACCGAAACCUUACGGAGACUCUGGGUCGUCUCCAGCAGAGUCAGCGCCUGUGCCUUCGUUUGGAUACCAGCCGUAUACCCCUGAUUAUUCAACAGGGAACGGAUCUGCGUACGGCACUUUGUCCAACGACGAAAAGAAGGCAGCCAGCGAGGAACCUGAAAUGCCAUCAUAUGGAUACCAGCCGCCACCUUAUAGCUACGAGCCCCCGACGAUGACGCUUAACAAUGACGACUUGUCGAACGACAACUCUGAUCACAAGGUCGAAGAGCCCGCCUCUACCGGAGGCUAUGAGCCACCCAGCUUCCAGCCGUAUGAACCACCAACCUACGAGCCUGAUCCAGAAAUGUCACGAGACGAUGAGGGUGAAAAGGUCAGCGAUUCCAAGCAUGAGUUCAAGCCUAUGAGCUUCAUGGAUGAUUCUGCUUCGAUAGCUUCAACCUCAACAUCGAACAAAAAGUCCAAGGAGGAGAUUGAAAGGGAGAACCAAGAGUUGUUCCGCAAGGCGGCUGAAGAGGAUGCUAAACGUGCCGAGGCCGAGAAGGCUGCCAAGGCUAAAAAGGGUUGGCUUGGAGGCUGGUUCGGCGGCGGUGGUUCUGCGAAGAAGGAUCUGGCUGCCGAACAGCCCAAAGCCGUCAAAGCCAAAUUGGGCGAGCAGAAUAGCUUCUACUAUGACGAGGACCUAAAGCGUUGGGUGAACAAAAAGGCGGGCUCGGAUGCCGGCUCAACCCCAACAUCGACGCCGCCACCACCGAAAGGAGGACCGCGUUCUGCAGCAGGGACACCACCGCCACCAGGUGCAGGAGGUGGGAUGAUGGCACCCCCGCCUCCCGGCGGAAGAUUGAGCGCGCCGCCCCGUGGGCCUCCACUCUCAUCGUCGGCCUCCAGCUCGAACCUUGCAGCGGUGGCGGCAGCAAACGCCUCACAGUCAUCGUUGCUGGGAACCACGCCGCCCAUGUUGCAGCGCACCGCAUCAAAUGGCAGCGAGGCAGGGUUGGCACCACCCUCUCGGCCAGGCACCAGUAUGAGCAAUGCCAGUAGCAUUGAUGAUUUAUUGAGCGCAGCUGGCCCCCGGAAACCUGGCGCCAAGAAGGCCCGGAAGAGUGGACGCUACGUCGACGUCAUGGCCAAGUAGUGCGAGAGAGAGAGAGACGACCUGAUUCGUGUUUUGACGGUAUGAAGCUUUCACGACAAGUUUGAACGACAAGAAGAGAAAAGCAAACGAGAUGGCAUACAUGGAGUUUCUGGCUAUGGUGAUAUGUGGGUGGCCUGAACUGCCUAGGCAGGAUAAGUUUUAUCUUUCCUCACUUGGUGGGUGGUCAGGAGGUGUUUUUGAAGGUUCGGUGUUACUUUGAUUUCUUGUAUUGAUAGAAUUUCAGCGCCUUUUUCACAUUUUGCUUGGCUGCAGGGACGAGUUUGUAAUAAUUUUGAUUGAAGAGAUGUACAUUCUUAUUUUUUUAUGCUGAACUUUCAUUUCAUCAUGGUUUUGGAAAGGGGUCGGGAAAGAGGUAUUCAACAGAGACUUUGCUCACAAGCCACCUUCUUUCUUACCCCUGACGAAACCGUCAUCAAGCAAAUCUGGCCCC